CUGCUAUCUGUUUGGCUGCGUUCUCACAGUGCAUUCUGGGUAAACUUCUGCUGUACGCUUUUUUCAGGAGACGGGACGCUCAGAGUUUGGGAUGUUAAGGCCGCCGUGUGCCGAUUGGCUGUCCCUGCUCACAAAGCGGAGAUCCUGAGCUGUGAUUGGUGUAAAUAUGACCAGAAUCUGUUGGCCACCGGUUCUGUGGACUGCAGCGUGUGCGUUUGGGACCUGAGGAACGUCCGACAACCCGUCAGCCGCCUGCUGGGACACACCUACGCCGUCCGCAGGGUCAAGUUUUCUCCGUUCAGUCAGACGCUGCUGGCCUCCUGCUCCUACGACUUCACGGUCCGGUUGUGGGACUUUGGUCAAAGCCAGCCUCUCCUGGACACCGUGGAGCAUCACUCAGAGUUUGUCUGUGGAUUAGACUUCAACCUGCACGUCCCCCACCAGGUUCUGGACUGCUCCUGGGACGAGACGGUGAAGAUCUACUCCCCUGCCUGCCUCACUGCGGGGACCCGCCCAGCAGAACCCUGACGCGGCGGCGCCGGCGGGUUCUGCUGGCUGGAUCUGGACUCCAGUCUGGGAAGAACCGGUUUCCAACCCGCCAGGGAGGUUUCAGAACCACAACCUCUGACUUAAAGCUGUUGGUUCUCCUCAUGACGGCCCGUAGUCUUCCUCACUAACAUGGACCCAGAACCUUUGGAAGACGGAGCCAGACAGGCCCGCAGCAUCACACCUCUUCCUGCGUGCCUUACAGCUGUUUGUUUAUUGAUUUGCUGCAGGUUGUAGAUAUGAGUCCUGAUCUGUAGCAGAGGGCGGUGAUGUCGUUCAGAUAACGGCUAAAAAACGAUCAGAAACGAAUCGAUUCUAAAUGACGGGAUGGAACGGAUGGCUGACAUCAGAACAGAGACGCAGCUCCACUGGUUCUGCUCCUUAUUCUCCUAAAACCAUCAGAUUCUGACACAGACUCAUCCGGUCCCAUCGGGUUUCUGCUUUGUUUUUUUCCACUCAGAUGGUCUGAAGAUGAUGAGUUUAAACUCACAGGAAAGUCUGAGUGAAACCCACAGAACCAGCAGAACCAGUCAGAACCAUGUCCUCUGACUGGUUCUGGUGGACUGCAGGCAAAUGUUUAGCCCAGCAGAACCAGCUAGUCUGACUGGCCUGAUCCGUUAAUUAAAGCGAACGGCGCUCUGCUCACCUG